AUGGUUCGAUGCAUCGCUCUUUUUCUACUGCUGACUGGACUCACGAUCGGAGCCCUAUUCCCCACUCCGGUCACCAAAUUCAAAAUUGACGGAGUGCUCAAAUGCAGAAUCCCUGGACUGUGGUGCCACUAUGUGACUCUCUACGAGAUCGAUGACGUCACGUAUGUUUCAAGAGAACUCGAUACCCUUUUUGAAGAUUUUUCGUUUUCAGAAAAAACGACUUGAUCGAUUUCCAUGGUGUACGCUGCACACGACAAGCUACCUUCGGCUACAAGCUAGAAGGAGUCCAAUACGGUGACGAGCUGGGGGAUGUACGUAUAUAGUCUAAAUGUAUAAAUGAUUUUACAUAUGCACUUUUACAGGAUUUCUACGAAAUCACGAUGUACGCAAGACAUAACUGUUCCGAGAGAUCGCAAAUAAAGGAGAUCACCUACAUCCCGGAAGCCGUUCCCCUCAAUACCACGUAAGUUUAAAAGAAAAGAGCGCGGAAUGUGGCUAGAGUGAAUUCUAUACAUUUGAGAGAUGCUGAAUUCCACUGGAACGUCGAUGUUUCUGGAACCGGAACAACAGUCGAUACUUAUUAUUUCUUCUAA